CUGAUGAGCACAGGGGCUGACUGACAACUCAUGGGGCCCCUGGGCAAUAAGUGAUCAUGGGGCCCCUGCAGGGGCGGACUGACAACUCAUGGGGCCCCCGGGCAAUAGGGGAUCAUGGGGCCCCUGUGUCCUUGCCCAAACUGAAAAAAGCCUAUGAAAAAGGUACCAGGGGCAUCUUAUGGGGCCCCCUACUGACCCCGGGCCCUCGGGCAGUGCCCGAGUUUCCAAAUGGUCAGUCCGCCCCUGGUCCU